AGGGAGGGGCGGUGGCGGGGGAGGGGAGACGCGCUCUUCAGCCUGGGAGAAAUGGAGCCGUGUCUGCAGUGAGCGCCAGCCCCGAGGGAUCAUGGGAUCGUCCACGCUGGGGAAGGCCGCCUCGCUGGACCAGCUGCUGGACGCUUGCAUCCAGGCAUUCGAUGACAAUGGAGGGCUGGCUAGCAGCCAGCUGCCGCGGACCAUGCUGCUGAUGCACCGCUGGUACGUCACGUCCACGGAGCUGGCCGGGAAGCUCCUGAUGAUGUAUCGAGAUUGCCGGGGGGAUGACUGCCAAAGGACGAGACUCAAGAUUUGCUAUUUAAUGAGGUACUGGAUCAUGGAGUUCCCGGCGGAGUUUAACCUGGACCUGGGCCUGAUCCGGCUGACCGAGGAGUUCAGGGAGGUGGCAGCGCAGCUGAGCUGUGAGGAGCACUUCAAACUCAUAGACAUCUCCACCAUUCCCUCCUACGACUGGAUGAGGAAGCUGACCCAGAGGAAGAAGCAGCCGAAGAAGGGCAAGGCGUCCCUGCUGUUCGAUCACCUGGAGCCCAUGGAGCUGGCUGAGCACCUCACCUUCCUGGAGUACAAGUCCUUCAGGAGGAUAUCGUUCACAGACUACCAGAGCUACGUGAUUCACGGGUGCCUGGUGGAUAACCCCACGCUGGAGCGCUCCAUCGCCCUCUUCAACGGGGUGUCCCAGUGGGUCCAGCUGAUGGUCCUGAGCAAGCUGACCCCCCAGCACCGAGCCGAGGUCAUCACCAAGUUCAUCAAUGUGGCCCAGAAACUACUGCACCUCCAGAACUUCAAUACGCUGAUGGCGGUGGUGGGAGGUCUCAGCCACAGUUCCAUCUCCCGCCUGAAGGAAACACACCCCCACCUUUCCCCUGAAGUCAACAGGAUCUGGAACGACAUGACCGAGCUGGUCUCCUCCAACGGAAACUACUGCGCCUACCGUAAGGCCUUCACGGACUGCGAGGGCUUCAAGAUCCCCAUCCUGGGCGUGCACCUGAAGGACCUGAUCGCCGUGCACGUGGUCUUCCCCGACUGGGUGGAGGAGAGCAAGGUCAACAUCGCCAAGAUGCAGCAGCUGUACCUCACCUUCAACGAGCUGGUGUCUCUGCAGAGCGCCGCCGCCCAGGUGGAGCCCAACAUGGACCUCAUCUACCUUCUCACCCUCUCUCUAGAUCUCUACUACACCGAGGACGAGAUCUACGAGCUGUCUCUGCUGAGGGAACCUCGCAACCCAAAGUCUUUGCCUACCUCUCCCACUACGCCCAACAAGCCACUGGCCCCCCUGGACUGGGCAGCUGGGGUGACCACCAAACCAGACCCUUCAGUGGUCAACAAGCACAUCAGGAAGGUGGUGGAUUCUGUAUUCCGGAACUACGACCAUGACCGCGAUGGCUACAUCUCUCAGGAGGACUUUGGGAGCAUCGCAGCUAACUUCCCCUUCCUGGACUCCUUCUGUGUCCUGGACAAGGACCAGGACGGCCUGAUCAGCAAGGACGAGAUGAUGGCGUACUUCCUGCGGGCCAACUCCCUGCUGCAGUGCAAGAUGGGCCCCGGGUUCGUCCACAGCUUCCAGGAGAUGACCUACCUGAAGCCCACCUUCUGCGAGCACUGCGCGGGAUUCCUCUGGGGCAUAAUCAAACAAGGAUACAAAUGCAAAGACUGCGGGGUGAACUGCCAUAAGCAGUGCCGGGAGCUGCUGGUCCUGGCCUGCCGGAAGCUUCCGCGGGCCGCCUCCCUGGGCAGCGUGUCCGCCAGCGGCCUCACGCACAGCUCCCUCCCCAGCAGCCCCACCCUGCCCACCUGCGCAGCAGACGAGGACGAGGUGUUUGAGUUCCCCAGCGUGGCCCCGGGGCCCCAGGACGGUGGGGGCCAGUCCAUCACGCUGAUGACGGGCUCGGCCCAGAGGAUCUCGGUCCGGCUGCAGCGGGCCACCACCAGCCAGGCCACGCAGACGGACCCGCUGUGGUCCGAGCACGCCUGGGGGGGCGGCGGGGGCGGCGGCGGCGGGGGCGUGGGCGGGGGCGACGCGGGCUCCCACACCUUCCCCAAAACCAGAUACCGUCUGCACCACCGCAAGGGCUCCAAGAGCAAGGGGCUGGCCCGCUGGGUGAACGAGGGCCAGGGCUCGCCCAGGGGCCGCCGCGACUCCCAGGAGCAGACCGAGGGGCCCCCGCCGGGGCCCGUGCGCAACGGCGUGGCCCCCCACCGGGACCGGAGGGAGUCCCCAGAGGACAGCUGACUUGGUACUGCAGCUCAACGUCCCCGGAGACCCAGGAGGUCCUCAGGACCCCGCCCCAGGAAGCUGUCCUCCCUGGCGGACAUUCUGGGCUGCCUGAGGCCCCUUCGUCCUGACCUGGAAUAGGACGGUCCUCUCUCGGCAGGGGAGGGACGAGGCCGGGACGGACCAGAUCCACAAAAUUAGCCGGUGACUGCUUUCCUGGCUGAAGGGGUGGAGGUGUGCGCAGUGGUAGUGGAGCCCGGGCUGGGGUUGUCAGCGCUACGUGGAAGAGUGGACUUGUGGCGCUGAAGAACUUGACUGGUUUAAACAGCCUGCUGUGUCUGUGCACGGAGAGGGUAAUGCCCCCCCCCCCCGCCCCAAAGAAAAUACACCCCACACUUUACAGGUGUAUAUGGAUGUCUUUGCCAGUAUUCCAGGAUAAUUCUCUCCAGUCUUUAUGGACACAAGAGCACAUUCGUGUGCACUCUUCUGCAAUUUGAGCAGAAUGACUGGAGGACUUCUGAGUGUGCGUGUGUGCGCGUGUGUGCGCGUGUGUGUGCGUGUGUGUGUCUGUGUGUGUGUGUGUGUGUGUGUGUGUGUGUGCGUGCGCAUGUUUGUGCGUGUGUGUGUGUGUGUGCGUGCGUGCGUGUGUGUGUGCGUGCUCGCAUGUAAUACUACUGCUUCGUAUGAAAGCUGGAAAUGACAUUGACAGAUACAGGACAUUAAGUGGAGGCACUGGAGGCGAUGAAUGGGAAUUACGUGGGAUGGUUCGUACUUUACCAUUUUGUUUUUGUUAAAGUACUGAGGAGCUGUACAGCUGACGUAUGGGUGUGCAGGAGGGUAACGGGCAAGUAGCGAAACAGAGUGGAGCCGAGGGCAAGUGUGGGACAGAGGUGUGGGACAGAGGUGUGGGACAAGCGAUGCUGAAGCCACAGUAGACUCAGCAUCCUGCACGUACAGGGUUUCAGUGAGUCCAGACAUAACUACUGCUUGUUGUUGUUGUUGUUCGUAUGCCAGUUCAGUAUCUCACUCUGGAAUCUCGAUGAAAAUGGUACUUGCUUUAUCUCGUGUUAAUAUGAGAUAUAACUAACGUAUUUGGGGGGAGCGUUUGUUUUUUUUUUUAAACGAGGAUCAUCGUAUGUUCAGGUUACCUGGAAACAGAGUUAUUGUGUUCUUAAUUUUAAAGGGAUUCCGAUAUAGAGAAUUAACUCACAGUUUCUUAUUUUUCCGGUGGUAUUGCUCAGAAUGGUGCCUUUUUUGGGACUAGUCUCUCUUAAUUUUUAUCAGAUUAAUAAUAUAAUAGAUAUUGGUCAACACUGAGAGUUCAUUUAGCAUUAUCGUGAUUUCGAAUGAGAAUGCGAGUAGCAGAUGUAGUGUUCUCACCUCCUGUGAACAUUGGCUGCAUUUGGAAUGGCUCCCUAGACAGUUUGUAGUGCACACACACAAAUUUGACACCUCAAACAAGUUCACUCAAUUUCCCCCACAAUGCACCGCAAAAUGUAGGCUACAAACAAUGUUCACUAUUUGAUCACCGGAGAGAUUUUUUUUUUGUCAAGAUGGCGACAGCUGCAUGGGUCUACAAAUGAUACAGUACAUAUGUAUAGUAUAAAUGCAUGUUUCAUUUGAAACAAAUUGUUAUGCAUUCUCAGUUCAGUCAGCUUUAUAUCCAAAAUAUAAGUAAAUGCAGUAGAUUAAUACAUUACAUCUGCCAUUCAUACAACGUGGAAUUCUAGUCGGUGAGAAGGAGAAAAACUUCCUUGGAAGUCACAAAGACUGUCAUGCAUCCUGUUAAUAAUUUCUCACUUUGUGCUGUUUGGUACAAAAUACAGUAAUUUCAAAUUGUGCAGGUUUCUAUCAAUACAAUUGAAACGGUGACUAUAUCGUGGCAAUAUAGCAAUAACCUCCUUGGUGGAAAUGACGGACGAAUAUUUAUUUACACCUCAGUGUUAAUGCUGCGCUGUGUAGGCGUAUGGAUUCGUUUACUGCAUUUCAGGUUUUAAAAAAGAUGCUCAGCUAAAGCAAACAACAGUUUCUGAAACAGAAGGCUAACGCUUGCAAGCAGAACAGUGUUCAUUAUCAGUCGGCAAGGAACUUCAUUAGCAUGCUAAUGUUUUGGCCGCAAGCUGACAUUAGCGUGCUACACCGCAGUCCCUUCAUGAACUACUGGGAACACUGUGCUGCUUCCUAGGAAGCUGCAAGGUCAAUGGCAUCAUGCUCUCCAGGCAUAUUGCUAAAAAAACAGCAGCUGUCAAAUUUCCCUGAUUAAGUUAAAUGCCUUAUUCAUUCACUGUGAAACUUUCCGUGCCAACACUGUAACAUUGGUGAUGAAGCCAGUUAUUAAUUUUAUCUUGUGUUGCUCAGAGCCAGAGUAGCCAAGGGUACAUUUCGUCCCUCGCCAGGGAGAUUUGGGGUGACCAAAUUUACUGAUCCCACCAGACUGGGAAGCAGGUUUGAGCGGGUGAAUCUGACAUGGAGAUUUCUGUCGACGAGGUCUGAUGCUGUGCUGGUUUUAAAACAGUAGCAAACGUGAUAAAGAAAAGGUAUGGAGGGAAGAAUCAAACGAAUGGGGAUUUUAAAAAAAAUUUUGGCUUUGUUUUAUUAGUUUUUAUUAGUUUUCACACAUCAAUUUUUUUCAAAUUUUUUUUGCAGAACUCUGGUCUUCUAACUAACAAGAUUUUGCACUUAUAACUGAGCAUUGCCUGUGCUCAAGGAAAUCCUGCUGCCAUCAUCGUACAGCUGCUGACAUCACGGGCCGUGUUACCCAAACCCGGGCAGCUUUGCAAAGCAAUCGUGGGACAGAACGUAGUGUCCAAUCACAGCUCACUAUGGAAUAAUAUGUUCUUUUCAUUCAUUGUUGAUUUUAAGCCAUUCUCUAUUCUAAACCACAUCAACAUUUCCAAAUCACUUCAUAGCAUGUUGUGCUGUUAUAAAAUGCCCUCCAGUGCAAAACCAAAAUGGAGAAGUGCAUGCAUACAUUCUCACCUAGCAUUAUAUCCUGUUGCUAUUAUUUAAGAAUAAUAUAUUGUGAAUAUCUACUAUUUUUAUUUAUGGAAACAUGGUCUCUGGGUAUCACGUGUUAUUAUGUAUAUUUAUGUGAACACCUUUUGAAUGAGAGCAGUGUGUUUGUGUAUGCGUGUGUUUUUUUCACCAGCUGUCUCUUGACUGAUGACAAAAACAUGUCACUUGAUGACUAUAUCCAUUUCUUCUGCCCUGCCCUGGAAAGUCAAGCUGUGUUGAAUAUGGCACCUCAUCAAAAUCCGGCCUCUCCCAUGAGAUGAGCUCAUUGGUGGAGCCCGUGGCAUAGCGUGCCCUUGGCCACGCCCAAGGCCUCCAUCCUGAGGUCCCUUAGAAAGGGUUCUGCUCGGCUCAGCGUCAGUCCUCUCAGGCAUACAUCUGUGCCUCCAUCGCUCCUCAGUCUAGGAGUCUGUUUGGCUCAAGGGAACGGAAAAGAUACUAUAUUUGUUGAUGUUGCAAAAACAGUCUACUUGUGUUCGAUCAUGUGUGUAAUAGCCUGCACUAUCCUUACAGAAAUAGAAUAUGCUGCGAUCAAUUGAAUUCAAAUGACCAAAUUUAUUAUGAAUAGAUGUUGACACACUUCACAAAAUAUGAAUAAAUUUACAGCCUGUUGCAACUGUUACUUUCAGAUGUUGCAAUUUAAAAAUAUAUAUACAUUUCAAAAUAUAUUUGCCAUUAUAUACUUGAAAACGUCCUUAUGUUUUCCGUAUGCUGCAGUGUUUUCCAUUUCUGUACAGGAUAAAUUAAUGCAGCUGUAACCCAGUCUGUCAAAGGCUUCUGUCACAAUCUGCUCCAGGGAGCCUGACUGAGGGCUUUCGUAUGUAUGGACACCAGACCUGGGUCAAAUACGUAUUUGUUUUGGAUUCAGAUAUUUUCUGUGCUCUGUAUUUCAUUGGUUCCAAUACAAGACAAGAUCAGUAAAGUGUAGAAAAUUAUUUGAAUCCAAAACUAAUACAUAUUUGACUCAGGUCUGAUGGAGACAUUCAUUUGCAAUGUACCUUCAAUAAGCAUUCUUUUGAAAAAGGAGCAUGGCAGGUGUUUAUUUUAAGGACCUGGCUAUACAUUUAUAAAACUUUUAAAAAAUUAAAUUAAAAAAACAUGCAUACAUCACUUCCUAUGUUUUCUUUUUAUAUUUCAUGUGAUAUUAUUGUGGAAAAGUUGUCUUGUACCUCUUGCAUGUUUGUAAUUGUUUUUUUGAGUUCAUGUUAAAUUAUAAUAGUACUAUUUAUUGGUUAAUGUGCUUCAUACAACAUAACCAGUCAAUUAGACAAAUGUGACAACCUUAUUAUGUCUGUUUGUUACCUGCAUAGUGAAUGAUCUGUUUGGUCUUUGUAAGUUUGAAUGUAUUUACCUAGAUUUAUUUAGUAUAAUCAGGUCCUUAAGAUAAAUUGAGACAAAGUUUUUUUGUUGCGAUAAUAAACUUGUGAAUAAGGGAUAUAGAGAGAAUUGUGAGAGAACUAUAUUUGUAUUUUGGACACAUUCCAUCAGAUCUAUAUUGUAUUAACAUAAUGUGAUUAUUGGUGUUGUCAGUGAUGCUAUUAUGAUCAUCGUCAUCAACAUUAUUGCUACUGUCCUGUUUAGCUGGUGUACUUGAAAGAAGUUGCAUUUAUGUGUUUGGUUGAUUGUAUUUUGGUUUUACAUUCAUGCUGUUAAAAUGCUCAUUGAAGAGCCUUCAGUAGCAAUGUUUAUUUUUUUGGAGAGAGACUGAUAUUUAAUUUCUUGUUCGUGUUUGCUAAAUUCAGGUUUAUGGUCACGUCAGUAUACUAUUUUCAUUUCUAAAUUUUGGGAAAGUCCAAUGGCAAUGCACUGACAGCUAAGCUAAAAGUAAAUGCCAUAUGCUUCUGUAUUGACUGUAUUACAGGGAAGAGCUGUCUUAUGUUUUCUCUGCCUUUCAGUCUGUAAUGUUAUGUUAUUGGUCCAGUUGUGCAAUUCUGGUCUAUUAUUGGCUCAGGGGGACUCGGGUCUAAGCAACUGGUGGCCGGUUGGUUAGAAGGCUGUCCCCAUGCCUUUUCAUGUCCUCAUAGUCAUCAGGAACAGAUCAGCCA